UUACAGGUUUUUUCAACGUUCGUCAUCGUUUUUUUUUUAGAUGCUGCUGAAAGGUGUUUUUCUGGUAGCAAUAGUCGUUUCGUUAGUAAACUCUGCUCAAGUGGUGGCGUUCGGAGCUACAACUUUGUAUGCCAAAAAUUCGUCUGUGAAGGAGGCCGAUGUCUGUUUAACAUUUUGAUUUUUCAACAGUUUCUUUUUUUUUUUUUUUACUCAGAAUUGGCUUAA